GUGAAUUGUCAAAAGAAACGCCGGUUUUUGUUUAUUGUGUAAAAUAUUUGUAAAAGUCUAUUUAUUUUAUAAAAAAAUCACCACAAGUCAAUGAAAAUGGAUAAAAGUCUGCAUCAACAACUAUAUUCAGGUAUGGCGCGACAUUCUUUGGGAGGCGCUGGCACCGGUAUGCGUCCCAGACAAAGUUCUGCUAAUUCAUUUAGCAAUGCGGGGCGCAAAUCUUUGGGUGGUGCAGCCCUGAGCUACGCAGCUGGAGGUUUAAAGAAGUCUGCUGGUGGUGGAGGCAGUAUUGGUCAGAGUCGUUACAGUGUCUCCGGCCGUUCGAAUCAGUCGUUCAUGGGCAUACGUUCCGAUUUCAAUUUAGUUGAAAGCUAUGGCUUGCAAUUACCAGUUUUGGUUAAUGAAGCUUUAACAUUUAGCGAGAAAAAUCAAAGCGUUUCAGUACGUUGUUCAGAAAAUGGCUGGGCCUGGGUUGUGCACGGCCGCCGUCUCUUGGUUUGGCAAUAUAAGGAUGUACGCAACUCUGGCACUGGUAACUCACCACCGAAAAGUGCCAAAGAUCUAUUGGCUCGCAGUCAUCAACGAAGAGGUGGCGCCAUGGCCCAGUGCCGUGAGUUGACACUGCCACAUUGUGACAUUGGCCACAAAGCUUCCUUGGUCAGUGUUUUCCUCAGUGAAAGUCAACAAAUGGCUUCGUGUGUUGCUGUUUCACCCACCGGUGAUGUACGCUAUUGGCCUUCAAUAGCCCACGAUGGCAGUUCGGUUGAUUUAACAAAUAUUCUUGAUGGCCAAGAAUUCGAUUACAUGUUAACAUUGCCACAACAGCAAAUGCCCCUAAGUUAUUUACUAGUGACAACCACCUGUAGCAUGGUUUUGCUGCAACUGCAAUUACAAAACGGUCGCCAUGUGUUACAGCAUAAAACGAUACGUCAACCUUCUGGCUUUUUGGGUGGUUUUGGUAAAAAGUUUGCCUCAAUUAUAAUUGGCAUGAAUAGUGCCAAUGAUAAGGAAAAUAAAUUUGUAGCUGUUGCUUGUGAUCCUCAAGAUUCGGGUGAUCGGGAUGCAGUUGUGUCAGUAUUAGCUGAUCGUUGGAUACAGCGCUGGCGCUUAAAUCAUUCUGGCAGCAAUGAGCAAAUGUUAUUUGAAGAUUCCGAAAUUAUACGUAAAAUACGCGAAGAAUUUCAACAGAAAUUUUGGAAUGUACGAGACAGUAUAAACUUUGAUUUGCAGCUGCUCGAUAUGCAUAUAUUUGAGGGCAAAACCUACAUAUUGGCGGGAGCUGUAAAUACGACACUAACUCCGCAAAUGUAUUAUGCCAUGAGCGUUUUAUCUACCACCAAUGAAGGCAUGCGUUUAGUAAGUUUUACUCCCUUCAAAUUUUCACAUUUCUAUAGUGUGGCCACGGAAAAUGAAUGCCUGUCACUGCGUUUCGUUAUUUGUCGCACACACAUCUAUAUUUUCAAUGAUAAGGUAGUCUAUCCUCUGCCCCUGGCCAAUAUACAAAUUGGUGAAAUUGAUGCGGAAAAAAUAGAAUUUCAUUUGCAAGAUGAUCGUAUAUUAAGUGCUGCUGUUUGUGGCAAUAUACCAUUAAUAUUUAGUCGUACUCAUGGUUUAGUCUCUAUUACUCCCGGUGAUUUUGAUAGUUCGGAUAUAAUGAAUGCUUCUUGCACUACGCCCGAAGUGUUUUCUCCUAUGGCCGAUAAUACGCUCAGGGAACAAAGUGUUUUGUCCUCUUCCAUGAGUAAUAUAAAUGAACAGAAUUUGUAUAUGUAUGAAUUGGAUCCAGAUUCAAUAUAUUCAGAAUUUAAAGAUGAAGUUAGUCAGUUGAAGGCAGCUUUUAUAUAUCGUUUGAAACGUAACACUACAAUGUGUAAUAGCAUCUUGAAUGAUUUGCUAAGGAAUGCUACAGAACCAACAACUACCGGAGAAGCAGCUCAAUUGGAUAAAAUUGUUAUUACUAUUGCUGAAGAUUUGGCUGAAGAUAUACCGGCCACAGAUCCUCGUUGGGAACAAUUAUGGGAAGAGCCCAAUUUCCAAAAGUAUGCUUUGGGCAGCUCAUCUUCUUUGCAAAUCAUAACACAGCUAAAGGAGAAAAAUUUGGCUUUAAGGCAUUUUGUAGAAUUUUUACAUGCUACUGGCAUCUGGGAGAAGCUAAGUUCUAUACCCAGUGCCGGCGGCAAUAUCUUAAAACCCACCAGUUUUGUUAUAUCCGAUAUAAAUGAGAGAAUCAUAGCAGCCAUUGCCUUAAGAAGUAUACAAAACAAAUUCAACAAACUCAUUGAUGAAGCCGUUAAUUUGCUGGUACAACGUUGGCAAGAACGUCCCCAGGGCAGUUUAACCGCCCAAGACUUGUUCUACGUACGCCUUUGCAAAUUUCAAGAUAUUUUCCAAUCGUUUUGUGAUCUGGCCGACAAUCGCAUCGAAAAUCAACAUCAAUCUUCCAAUUUAGCUUCAUUUAUAUCCGACAUCAAUACUGUUGUUCUACAUGUUAUAACAGAAGUUAUUAACUUUCGUGAACAGAAUUCGACAAUUUAUUCAUUGCCUGCCGAAAAGUUGGAUUCUUUUGAGUACUUGCCAUGGACUGCCAUGUCCGGUAAUAUUGGUUUAAGAGAUUCUCUCUCACAUCUUGUAAAUAUUUCGGUUAAAUAUGGUGCACAUGGUACUAGUGAUCCCGAUUUGAGACAGAGAAUAUAUCAACAAAUUUUGGAAUUAAUCGAUUUUAUAUUGGAUGGCCGUAAACAUUAUUUGGAUAGUGUGCGGGAUACCGAAAAAUUCAAUGUAUUGCAGCAGCAAUUUGAGUCACAAAGAAGGGAUUUGAUAUCGAUAUUGAUUGAUAACAACCAAUAUGAAGCCGCUGCCAAAUUAGCUGAAAAAUAUCUCGACUUCCAAAGUCUUGUUCUACUCUGUGAUGUUACCAAUAAUCAGGAACGUCUGGAUUCAUACAUAAAAAAAUACGAAGAAUAUGAUUUUUCACAGUUUGCCAUCAAUUGGCAUUUAAGACAGAAUAGACAAGGUGAGGUAUUCGAACGUUUUAAAGGCAAUCAAGCCGCUUUAUCACAAUUUAUGCGUGAUCAUCCAACACUGGGUUGGAUACAACUCGUAUUUAAUGGUGAUUUUGAAAGAGCCUCUAAAAUACUGUUCCAAUUGGCUCAAAGUGAAACAGAAUUUGUGCAAAGAAAGAAGUCCAUGUUAUCUUUGGCCAAACUAUCAGCAUUUGCUUCUUCGGGUUCUGAUUUAUCAUUACAAUUAGAAACCAUAAAUGCUGAAUUAAAUAUUGUCGAUUAUCAAGAGCAAUUAAGUGAAUAUUUAUUGUUGGCUUUUGGUUAUGAUGUGGAGCAUCAAAAAGUCUUGAAAAUUGAGGAAAUUAUAAAUUUAUUUAUUGCUGAGGAGAAUGACACCGCCACAGAAUUUGAUUUCCGCAAGGCUUUGGAACUAUUAAAUUAUCUCGAAGAUCCCUUUGAGGCAAGACACAAAAUAUGGUGUGCAGCUAUUUUAAGGGACAAUUGGAAGGAAUAUGAUACAAAUUCAGCCGUGGAUUAUAUACAGAAUUUGUUAUUCUUUAAACUUAUAGAAUUGUGCCAUUUGAUGGAUGGUGACUUUGAAAGUUUUCUACCGCCCAUGGAAGAGUUUAUCAGCAGCACAGAUUUAGAAGAUUUAGUUAGUAAUAAAUCAUUUCAAUAUCUUCUUAAACUUACGUACGAAUAUAUAAAUGAUGCCUAUAAGAAGAGCGAUGAUAUGAUGGAAAUGUAAAACCUCAAUUAGUUUGUUUAAGUAUUUAGUGUCUAAAUAAAAAUUGCAUUUUUUUUGUUAUAAAAUUCUAA